UUGGCGGGGCGUGGCGCGCACUGGCCGGGUGGCCGCGGGGCGCGGCGCGAUCGGGGCGCAGGGCGGUUGUUUGCGGCGCCGCUCGUCCGCGCCGCCACCGCCGUCCCCGCCGCCCCGGCAUGAGGAAACGCAACGAGUCAGUGACGGUGGAGCAUGAGCGCGCCGCCGCGGCCGCCGCCGCCGCCGUGCCCCUCGACAAGGGGUGCAGCCUGAGGCACAGCCUGCGCCUGCCCGCCGCCGACGCGGGCAUGAAGCGGCCGCUGGGGAGGCGAUAUGCAUUAUGGUUCCGAUUGCGGAAGCUGAUAAUCUGGCUGCUGGGAGUGUACAUAGCCAUUCCAUUCCUAGUGAAACUUUGUCCUGCUAUUCAGGCAAAGCUGGUCUUCCUGAACUUUGUGAGGGUCCCAUAUUUCAUUGACUUGAAAAGACCACAGGAUCAAGGUUUAAACCACACCUGUAAUUAUUACCUGCAGCCAGAGGAGGAUGUAACCAUUGGAGUCUGGCACACGGUCCCUGCAGCCUUAUGGAAGAAUGCCAGAGGGAAGGACCAGUUGUGGUUUGAAGAUGCUUUGGGUUCCAGCCACCCUAUAAUCCUUUACUUGCACGGCAAUGCAGGAACAAGAGGAGGGGAUCACCGUGUGGAGCUUUACAAGGUUCUCAGCUCCCUUGGGUACCACGUGGUCACAUUUGAUUAUCGAGGCUGGGGUGAUUCUAUAGGCAGCCCAUCAGAGAGGGGAAUGACCUAUGACGCCCUUCAUGUCUUCGACUGGAUAAAAGCAAGAAGUGGAGACAACCCUGUCUAUAUAUGGGGACACUCCUUGGGCACAGGGGUCGCAACAAACCUAGUGAGGCGUCUUUGUGAGAGAGAAACACCCCCGGAUGCCCUGAUACUGGAAUCUCCAUUCACUAACAUACGGGAGGAGGCACGAAGUCACCCCUUUUCUGUGAUAUACAGAUACUUCCCUGGGUUUGACUGGUUCUUCCUGGAUCCCAUCACGACCAGUGGAAUUAAGUUUGCAAAUGAUGAGAAUGUGAAGUACAUUUCCUGCUCCCUGCUCAUCCUUCACGCUGAGGAUGACCCGGUGGUACCAUUUCAUCUAGGAAAGAAGCUUUACAACAUCGCUGCAACAUCACGGAGUUUCCGAGACUACAAGGUGCAGUUUGUUCCAUUCCACACAGACCUUGGCUACCGGCACAAGUACAUCUACAGGAGUCCAGAGCUACCUCGAAUACUGCGGGAAUUCCUGGGAAAAUCUGAACAUGAGCAUCAUCACUGAAGACUGGCUGCUUAGCAGCACAGAGAUUUUCCUUUCCUUCCUUCCUCUCUCUCCUUUUCCUCCCCUCUCCCUGCGGGUCAGUCUGCCGUUCUUCCAUCCCUGGCACUAGAGGAGGUCAGGGAUUCCCAGUCCGGUCCUGAUGUGUACCCUUGGCAACUCCAGUUCCUGGCAUCAGCGUCUGUGAUGGAAGAAGAAAGAAGUUGCUGGCUUCUUUUUUGACCUGGAUGGAGGAGUGAAAACGGACCAGGAGCUGGUACCAAACAGUGAAAAAUGUAAGCACAACAAAGCCUGGCCCAUCAAGCGCGGUACCGCUGAGGACAGAUAUUCCGAGGACACACGUGUCAUGACCAAGGGUGUUUCUUUCACUUUCAAACACUGCUGCUGUUUUUGGAUCACAUAGAGACUCAUUUGUAGGUGAAUGGCUUUUGCCGUGUCUCCAUGCCACAGGUGUCUUGCUUGAGUUUGAGGUGUUCUCUUUCUAGGAAAUAUAUGUUUUGCCUUCCCUUCUCGCUAAGCGGCUGUAAUUACAAAUACACUGAAGAUGCAGGUGGUGAGAGGUAUUUUUGUUUAGCUCUUCAGUCUCAAUGUGUUGCACGUGUUGGGCUAAUCGCAUACAUUUGGAAAUAAAAUGAAAGGGUUUUUUUGUUCUUCCUUUUCAAACAACUAUUUAAUGGAAAAAAUUAGUGCCCUUUUAUCUUUUGCUGUACCUUUCUGAAUAUCAUUCCUGCUUUCAUCCCUGCUGUCCUCUGCUGAGCUCCUCCACUUCACUUCCUAUUAGUACUAAAGUGACUUCUGUAGGUGAAUUGCAAACUUGGGAGUUUAAGCCAGCAAGUGAGGUCACUUUUUGGCUCAGUCUCCCCCUUCCAUGAACAACGUGGGUCCAGGAUGUGGGAAUGGAUGUCUUCCAUUCUCCCUGUGCACUUCCAGACUUGUGCUUCCUUUAGGUGGGAAGGACAGUUUGUUUUUUUUUUUCAUGCCAUCUACCUUUUAAUAGGUCAGGUUUUCCUGUUCCUUGUGGCUACGCUGUUCCUCUGUGGUUAAGCAGGCAGUGUUAUGUGGCUCUUGAUGCAAAAAUACCAGUCUGGAGUGUGUGGGGGACAUCUCCCCAUCCACCUUCCUUCUGUGCUCUGGGAAUCCCAGGCACUUCCAUUAGUGCUUCUCAGGUCAUCUCACAGCCGUGGUUGGAACACAUCCAGUAGGCAGAAGUGGAAAUGAGCCUCUCACACAGGGAGAGGUUCUGGGAAUGUCCUUGUCCUGCUUGGGGGUAGAACAGGGGCUGUUUCAUGUCACUGCACUGAGAUGAAGAGGGGGUUGUGUGCCGACUGUGGUGCCAGGCUGGGCACCUGGCCCUCUACCCCAUCAGUCUGUAGACACCACCAGGUGCUGUAGGUGUAGUCACUAGCGCUCCGAGGGAUUUGUGCUGCCCUAAGGAUCAUUCAGGGGUGUUCGGCAUAGUAUAAACCGCUCAGCAUGCAUCCGAGUUAUACCUGCAGGCUCAUACUAGUUGCAAAGCAGACAGCAGCUUGUUCCUGUACUGAGAUUCUGCUGCCGUAAGUGUGGUUGUCCCCAAGGUUUCUGACCCACAAUACUCAUCUGCUAACUGUGCCACUUAAAUUAUGUUUGAUGCACUUGUAUUUAUUGCACUGACAGAAGAGAAACACUGACUUGGCUCUGGAGAGGGACGUGCACAUUCCAGCUAAUGCUGCUGCCGGCUGCUGGCUUGGGGCAAAGUGCAGCCUGAGCCAAAGCCCAGCUGGCUGCCACCUUCCCGUGGGACAGAGCUGAGGGUCCAGCACAGGAACCACCGGUGUUGGUGAUCCCAGCACUGCCAUUCCCGUUCGUAGGCCAGUGAUGCGCUUGGAAAUUUAAACCGAAAUGUUUAUCUAAAAGUGGUGUAGUUCUAAUAAAGGCAUUGACUGCUGAUCACUGCAGCUUCACCUGGUUUACCUGGCAGUUUGUAGGACUCUACCCCGUGGGACAGCUUGUCUGGAUGUGGGGCAGGGCUGUAGUAGGGGUGUGCGUGCAAGGUGAGCUCGCAACCAGGACUGGGCAAGUCUUUGUGGCUGCUGCUGGCUCUGGUGGAGCAGCUCUCCUGGAGCCCAGUGGGUCUCUGCCUGUACUUUGGCUGCUGCUGAGGCUCUGCUUCCUUGUUGGAGAUGGGGGAAAUCAUAGAAUCAUGGAAUGGUUUGGGUUGGAAAGGACCUUAAAGCCCAUCCAGUUCCAACCCCCUUGCCAUGGUCAGGGACACCUUCCCCUACAUCAGGUUGCUCAAAGCCUCAUCCGACCUGGCCUUGAACACCUCCAGGGACACGGCAGCCACAGCUUCUCUGGGCAACCUGUGCCAAUGCCUCACCAUCCUCACAGGAAAACAUUUCUUCCUACGAGCUCAUCUAAGUGUCCCCCCUUUCAGCUUAACACCAUGCCCCCUCAUCCUAUCCCUGCAUAAACAGUCCCUCCCCAGCUUUCCUGUAUCCCCUUUAAGGUACUGGAAGACUGCUAUAAGUCCUCCCUGGGGGCCUUCUCCAGGCUGAACAACCCAACUCUCUCAGCCUGUCCUCAUAUAGGAAGUGCUCCAGCCCUUGGAUCAUCUUCAUGGCCACCUCUGGACUCUAUGUCCUUUCCUGUGCUUUCUGUGCUCCAGAACUAAGCACAAGACUCCAGGUGGAGCUGCCAUUGGGAUUUCUAGCACAGGAACCCCAUUUGCAAUCAUUCGCAGGGCAAAUCCCCCUCUAUCACCCCAGCCCCGGUGCAUGCAGUCAACACCCUAGAGGUGCAGGUUCUGACCACUGCCAGCCCCGAGCAGCCUCUGGUACCAGCUCCCUUUCUGC